AUGAGCGAGCCCAGCCCCUCGCCUUGGGCUGCCCCCGAGGAGUGCGAGCCGCAUUCCCCGGGCUCGCAGCCGCAUUCCCCGGGCUCGCAGCCGCAUUCCCCGGGCUCGCAGCCGUCCCCGCUGGCCCGCAGCGAUGGGGACGAGCAGCCGAGCCCGCCUGCGGAGCCUGCCAGCGGCAGAGCCAGCCCCCGGCACGAUGCUCAGCCCUCCCGAGCGGAGGGGGAGAGCGGGGAGCAGCGGCAGGAACAUCUGGAAGCGGUGACAGAGCCGGGCGAGAGGCUCAGCGAGCGGCGACAAGGGACAGGCGCUGCCAGCCACAGCGGGGCCGUGCUGGCCAACGGGGUGGACGCGGCGCUGGCCACGGGCCAGGAGCGGCCGCGGGACGGGGACACAGCCGAGCUGGGCGACAGCGGCUCCCCCGGGCCGGAGGUGGCGAGCGGGGCUCUCAGCAAGCAGCGGUGGCACAGCGUGCUGGGCUCCUCGGAAGCCCUGAGCGCUGACGAGGCGGAGGAGCAGUUCGGGUUUGCUUCUGGAGAUGCCAAGCUGAGCUGCAGUGAUGAUGACAGGGAGCAUUUCCAAUUCAAAGACAUCAGGGAUGGCUUCAGCUCGACCUUUGAGAAGAUUGUUGAGUCUGACCUUAUGAAGGGGACCUACUACAGCAGCCUGGACUCUUUGGACGUGCUGUCCCUCACAGACGAGACUGACAGCUGUGUCAGUUUUGAGGCACCACUCACCCCUCUGAUCCAGCAAAGGGCCAAGGAGAGCCCCGAGCUCCUGGAGCAGAAACUGGCAGCCCAGCAGAGAGAAGCCCUUCACCACAUGGCUGCUGAUAAGCAAGAGCUGGCGGCAGCCAAGCCAGCAGAGGGAGAUUUUGGGAGCCCUCUCAGACACUCAAUUACCAGCAGCAGGUCAGAGAAUGUGCUGAGCCGGCUGUCCUUGAAGAGCAUCCCAAACGGAUUCCACGUGGAAGGGUCAGAGGAAGAUGCCACCAAGAUCAUUAACUCCAUCAGCGACGCCAGCCUGAAGGACACCCUGUCAGACUCGGACUCGGACAUGGGCAGCACGGAGCAGCUGGACCAGGGCAGCACGGACACGCUGGCCAACGGCUGCAGGGCGGACAGCGAGGCUGCCAAGAGGUUGGCCAAGCGCCUCUACAACCUGGAGGGCUUCAAGCGCUGCGACGUGGCCAGACAGCUCGGGAAAAAUAACGAAUUUAGCAAGCUGGUAGCAGAGGAGUAUCUCAGCUUCUUCGACUUCACUGGCCUGACCCUUGACAAAGCACUCAGGACGUUCCUGAAAGCGUUCCCGCUGAUGGGAGAGACGCAGGAGCGGGAGCGGGUGCUGAUCCAUUUCUCCCGGCGCUACUGCCAGUGCAACCCCGAGGAGAGCACCUCUGAAGAUGGGAUCCACACACUCACCUGUGCCCUGAUGCUGCUGAACACAGACCUCCAUGGCCAUAACAUUGGCAAAAAGAUGUCGUGCCAACAGUUCAUAGCAAACCUGGAUGGGCUGAACGAUGGGAAGGACUUUGCAAAGGAUUUGCUGAAGACUCUGUAUAACUCCAUCAAGAAUGAGAAGCUGGAGUGGGCCAUUGACGAGGACGAGCUGAGGAAAUCACUCUCAGAGCUGGUAGAUGACAAAUUCGGAGCCAGUGCGAAGAAAGUGACAAGGAUUGUUGACAGCAGCAACCCCUUCCUGGACAUCCCCCAAGCACUGAACGCAGUCACCUACAAGCACGGCGUGCUCACCCGGAAAACCCACGCAGACAUGGAUGGCAAGAGAACUCCCAGAGGAAGAAGAGGUUGGAAGAAAUUUUAUGCUGUGCUUAAAGGGACCGUCCUUUAUUUACAAAAGGAUGAAUAUAAACCUGACAAAGACCUCUCUGAAGUGGAUCUGAAAAAUGCCAUCCGUGUGCACCACGCCUUAGCCACAAAAGCCUCUGACUACAGCAAGAAGUCCAACGUGCUCAAGCUGAAGACAGCUGACUGGAGAGUCUUCCUCUUCCAGGCCCCAAGUAAGGAAGAAAUGCUCUCCUGGAUCCUGAGAAUCAACCUUGUUGCUGCCAUUUUCUCUGCCCCAGCCUUCCCAGCUGCAAUCUGCUCCAUGAAGAAGUUCUGCCGCCCGCUCCUGCCUUCGUCCAUGACCAAGCUGUGCCAGGAGGAACAGCUGAGGUCUCAUGAAAAUAAAAUGAAGCAGAUUGCAGACGAAUUAGCAGAGCAUAAAUUACAUCCUGUAGAGAAGAGCCUCAAGUCAAAAGAGGCUGAGGAAUACAGACUCAAAGAACAUUACCUAAUAUUUGAGAAGAGCCGCUAUGAGACAUACAUCAACCUGCUGUGCAUGAAGAUAAAAGUGGGGACAGAUGACCUGGAGAGGAUUGAGACCAGUUUCUUCAAGGUGGAAGCCGAGGACAUCGCUUUGAGGAAGACUCAUUCCAGCCCUUCCUUGAGCCAGGGGCACAUGUCCAUCAGCUGUAAGGCAGAAAAGGACAUUUUAGAGCAGAACACUUAACAAGGAACCUGUGCACGGGGGGAUGAACCGGCGAUGCUCUGCGCUCCUGGAUUUAGAUUGAUGAGCACAAUUUUACUUAGGAAAUUGUAUGAGCAAAACUGUAGACAUGUAUGACAUGGGGAUUGCUCUAGUGAAAGAAAUCCAAGAAGCUUUAGUUGACACUCUCUGACAAUGCUCUGGCAUU